UCAGUCCGUGUGUUGAGGUAGCUAGUUUCGGUUGUGCUGUGUAUCUCAGUGCCGUAGUGCUGGAUCGCGCUUCGGUUUGAACGACUCUUUCUGUUGUGUGUAUAUGAUGAAGUGAUUCGAACGAAAUUCGGUACGAGAUUCGACCGUUGCACAUUAUACUAGUGACCAGUGUGUUUGUUGUGUGUUGUUCGAAUGCAAAGAAACAAGGAUCCCAAGGCUGGCGAUAAAGCAAAAGGAUUGCUCGACCGGAUCUGAUCGGAUCGUUCCACACUGCCAGCUAAAAUCUUCAUCGGCGGCAGGUGGUUGUUCCUGUUGUAGCUGCUGCUGCUAGUUGCUCGAUCCUUGUCUGCCUCACGGGAACAAACGACAAGGAAGAAAAGCCAGUCAUCGGUUUAUAGUUGAUGGGCUUCGCGCAAAAGUGUGCGUUGUGUGUGUGCAUGUUUUGUGAUUGUGUUGGGUUCCAACGGCUGCCCGAGUAAAAUAGAAUAAGGAAAAAGUGUGUUUUGAUCGGCUUACCUGUACCUUUCCGGAGGCCGCUGCGAUACGACUGUGUGAGUUUGAAGCAUUGUAAAGUUUCUAUGCUGUGUUUUUGUUGCCGCGCAUCACCGCGCGAGAUCCGGCAGAGCAGCGGAUUACGAUAGAACACAAGCAACGAGCUUUAAGGGUCACUUCUGUAAUUUCUGGGUUUGGAAGGUGGAAUUCCGAUGCACGUUGGAAUCAAUUGCGUCAACUUGAAGAAGAGAAACACAGUGAGAGGAGAGAAAGAAAACCUCGCAGCUCGACACGAAACAUAAAACGUUGUUAUGACAACGGGUUAAUAACAGAUCCAAAUUAUUGGAGCAGAGGUUGUGUAAGAACGUAUAGCCGUAGGCAAUGUCAAAAGUUUACCAUUAUUUUGAGCUAUUACCACUGUUUGUGAUUGAAAUUAAGUGAAACAAUGAGUGGUGCUGAUGACAACCGAUUGCUGAAAAUAGUUUGCUUUUUCAUUAUUCGAUUGGAAGAAAGCUGAAUAGUGCGAGCUUCCGAGCAGUAGUGGAGUGUACAGUGUGAAUUGGCAAAUAGCUACAGCUACGAAGCAGUGAAGAAUCCAGCCAUGAAGGUUACGGUGUGUUUUGGGCCCACACGGUUCGUGGUGCCCUGUCCCCCCGGAACGACCGUGCGGAAGCUGGAACAGGAGGCGAUUAUUCGUUACAAAAGAAAGAAUCCAGACUCAUGGGUCGUGGUGCACCACCUUCAGUCACAGUCCGGCAUACUGGAUCCGGACGACCACGUGAGCGACGUGGCCGACGAUCGGGAGGAGAUCAUCGCCAGUUACGAGGACUGUCCGGGAGGACCCGAUCCGGGGGUGCCACAGGGUGGCGGCGAUGGUGCUAGCGGAAGUUCGGUCGGGACCGGAAGCCCGGACAUCUUCCGCGCAGAGCCCGGUAAAUAUGGACCGGAAACCUCAACGCCUCACAUCGAGGUUACCUCGAACGAGCAACCCCUGAUGGUGGGACUGGGACUACAGGUCCGACGAGGCAGCGAACCCACGCUACACCAGCUCGGAGUGACCGGGGACCGAAGUGGCGGCGGAGCUGCACUGUAUAACGUCAGUCCAAACGGUCACCAGGACACCAAACGAUGGUCGGCGGCACCGGUCUGUCGAAGUGACACGGACACCCCGGAACGGUUGCUUUCGACCUCGAAUGGUGGAGGGGUUGCGUAUAUGUCCCCCGAGUGGAAUGUUCUACCGGAGGAAGAAUCUCACGACAGUCUGCCGCAGCAAUUUUCCCGCUCCGGGCGACUCUCGAUGCAGUUCCUCGGGGCGGAAGCCGCCAACGGCUAUCGGUGGAUUGAUGCGGCGGAUCGAGCCGCGGCCAACGUCAGCGGGUACAACGGAACCAGCGCCAACAGUAGCUUCAGCUCGAAGUCCCUGCCGCGGGAAUCGAAACGGAAGGAACCUCUCGGACAGGCGAAUGCGUCCGUGUACGAGUCGAUCAGGGAGAAGGAUGGCGAAAUGCUCCUGGUGGUGAACGAAAACGGUGGUCCCCUGGGUCUCACAGCGAUCCCAGACUCGGAUAUCGGUGGACUGCUGGUGCAGAGCGUGGAGCCGGGCAGCCGAGCGGAUAGGGGGCGGGUGCGCCGCGGCGAUCGCAUUCUUGAAAUCAACAACAUCAAGCUGGUGGGGCUCUCCGAGAGUUCCGUCCAGGAACACCUCAAGAAGAGCCUCUCAUCGCCGGAGCUGAGGCUGCGGGUAAUCCGGGCAGCGGCCGGAUCCAAGUACAAGCGGGACAACCGCGUCUCGGAGAUGAUCGAAGCGGAGGAGAAGCCGGCGACCAGCAAGGUCGCGACGGUUUCACCCACGCGCAAGAUUCCAGGAGCUCCCUCGGGUAUUAGUUUGCAGGCAGCGAACACCAGGAAGCUGGGUAAACUGAUCGAGAUUUCGCUCAAGAAGGGCAUGAAUGGGCUGGGGUUCUCGGUCACUACUCGGGAUAACCAGGCCGGUGGACAGUGUCCGAUCUACAUUAAGAAUAUCCUAUCGAAGGGUGCUGCCGUAGAGGAUGGUAGACUGAAGCCGGGAGAUCGCCUGCUGGAGGUAGACGGGGUUCCAAUGACCGGGAAGAGUCAAUCCGAGGUGGUGUCGAUACUCCGAGCGACAGAGUAUGGUGCGACCGUUAGGAUAGUGGUCUCCCGGCAGCAGGAAUUGGCCGAUGUCGAGGAAAGGGAGAUCGGUUGUGGUAUUGACAGCGAGCAGAAAAGCAAUACCCCACCAAAACCUCCGCCACCCGUGAUGCCGAAGUCUUCGCUGAAACAAAACAACCGCGCCCGUUCGGAGGAGGUUCUGGAUAUACAGGAUUGCGGAGUCCAUGUACGCACAACUGGUCCAAAGAUGUCUCCAUCCGGUCAGAGCACGGGACCGCCCAUCCAGAAGAAACCCCUGGCGUCGAUUCUGAAAUCCGCUUCGACUAAUCAGGUUUCCGAACUAUUCCAGGAACAAUCCCAGCAAGGGAUGGGAGGAUUUCAGUGGAAGAAUCGGGAGAUCCUGACGCUACACAUUCCGGUGCACGACACGGAGAAGGCAGGGCUCGGUGUGAGCGUGAAAGGCAAGACGGGGUCGGGAAACAGCAGCAACGGAAGUUCCGGUAGCAGUAGCAAACACGACGGAGACUUAGGGAUCUUCGUGAAGAGUGUGCUGCACGGUGGAGCGGCCAGUCGGGAUGGAAGGCUGAAAAUGAACGAUCAGUUGCUGAGUGUGAAUGGGGUGUCCCUUCUGGGUCAAUCAAAUGCGAAGGCCAUGGAUAAGCUGCGGAGUGCGAUGCUGCAGACGGGCGGUACCAACCAUCCAGGUAAGAUCAUUCUCACAGUGGCACGCCGUAUCGGUCGGCCUGUGAGCACUGGCGAACUUCUAGAGGCGAUCGAUAACUCCAACUCCAGUGAACAAUCCGGGGCGACCGUUAUAUACCUCACCCCAGACAAACAUGCGCAACCUACGGCGGUACCUAGUGACAAGCAGCACCAGCCAUCCAACGAUAACAUCAAACAGCAGAACAAACGUUACAGCAAUCCGGUACUGGAUCGACUGACGGGCGGAACCGGUAGCAACGGUAGUCUCAACCCCACGCCAAGUGCCAACUGUAGUCCCAUCAACCAAAGACCUGUAUCUCUGGUGGGCCACGGACUGCGCAACGAGAGCUACUACAUGGCUACCAACGACAACUGGAGUCCGGCGGUGAAUCUCAACGGAAGCAACGCGGUCCUGAUCGAGGAGGAUCCCGAACCAACCUCUCCAACAUUCCACCUGGCGCGACCUUCCGACGCAGGAGGUGGCAACACCACGUCCACCCCAAAUGGGGGCGAUGUGACCUACGCCAGCCAACUCUCGCUGGAUACCAAUCCGCCAGCGGCGGAAGCCUUCAGUCGGGAUGCCGUCGGUAGACGCUCGAUGUCCGAGAAGCACCACGCGGCGUUGGAUGCACGCGAAACGGGAACCUACCAGCGUAACAAGAAACUCCGGGAGGAACGGGAGCGCGAGCGGAAGCUCAACUCGGGCGUCGGUGCCGGUUCGAUUGAGAGUCUCACCCAGAUGAGUCGGAUGAAUAGUUUGACCGGAGGCGGUGCUGGUGGUGGCAAGUCGGAGCUGCGGGCCGAGGCGCUGGAUCGGUUGGGUGAGUUGGGUCCAUCGCUGGGAAUGAAGAAGUCCUCCAGUCUCGAGUCACUGCAAACGAUGGUACAGGAGAUUCAGAUGGCGGAUGAAAUGCGGGGACCGAAUGCGCUGAGAACACCGCGGGGCCGUGGACGGGAAGAGAUUCUGAGGGCGGCUGUGGAGCGACCACCGGAGACCCAAGCGAAGAAGCACUGGCUCCUGGAGGAGGCAACCCCCGAGGUCGACUCGGGGGGAUUCGUCCCGCGUGGAAGCCCCUUCCAGUCCUCGAUGAACGAUGGCAAGGGCAAGAAUCGACAGAAGAAAAAUGGUCUCUUCCGCGGUAUCGGCCAUAUGUUCCGCUUCGGGAAACAUCGGAAGGAUGGAAUCGCUCCGAUCAGCGAUAACGUACCAGCCGAUUACACCGCCAGUUGGAAUGAUGGACCCAGUGGGGGAGUUAUUGGAAACAACACUCAGCAGAAGACUCAGACCUUGACGGUGAAGAACGUAAGUUCGAAGGUCGGUCCGCCAUCAUCAUCCGGCGGCGGUUCUGUGUUAAAUGGACCCUCCAGUAGUGGCUCGACUGGAAGCGGAGGUGCUAUAAAUCCUGCUGCCCCCAAUGGGCAGCAGCAAACAAACUCGAUCGAGCGAUCGGCGGCGGCGGCAAGCUCCGGCGGUGUGGUUGUAAAUCAUCCACCGCUCUACCAGCCUCCGCCACCGCCACCACAGCAGAACGGAAGCAGCAAUAUGCCCACGUCGAUCCAUCACACGGAUGUAUUCAACCACAGGUAUUCGCACUACGUCAACUACGAGGAACUGCAGCAGCAGAUUAGCAACAGACUAACGUUGAGCUCACGGUCCUCCUCCUACGGUAAUCUCGCUAGUGGUGGUAGUUCCGCUAACCAUAUAUACGCCCUUAUCAGCCAUAUUAACGCUAGUAACGAUGCUAACAAUGCCGCUGCAGCAGCAGCAGCCGCAGCCGCAGCCACAGCCCGUUCCCGCUCAUCAUCCCCGGUGCUAGUGGAAGAGCUUCUCUCCACCGCCAGAUUUCAAACGCUGGCGCAACAGCAACUUGCCGCCAGACAGCAGCAAUCCGUCCACCUCCAGCAGCAGCAGCAACAACAACAACACCAUCGACAGCUAAGCAGCGACUACUGUCGGUACGUGAGUCGAGCCCUUUUCGGGGCUCGGUCACCUACCGCAACACUGUCCACUGCUAGCAGUGGUGGCCCUAGUCCGGUGGAUUUCCUCUCGGAAUCCACACUGGACCAGAUGCGGCUGCAAGUGCGUCGUCAGCGGGAAAAGGUGGAGGAGGAAAGUCGACGUCAUCAUCAUUAUCAUUCCCAAAGAUCGGCCCGGAAUACGCCUCCGGUGGAAAUUGCCAUUCACCACCAGCAGCAGAAGCUGAAGCAACCCCGUCCAGUGUCCAGCUAUUACGACUGUGGAGCCUACGAAACCAUCCAGCACAGCGGGGGUGGAUCCCAGCGGAAGACAAGCCAACCCUCAUCUCCCUCCAAACAGCAGCAAUCACAGCAAUCCCAGCAACAACAACCGCAGACUGCCUGGAAUGGCACCACCAGCAGUGGUGGAAGUGGUGGCCCUCCGGGCUACCAUAACCAGGGCUCCAUCCGGAGCCGUGGUCCCUUCGUAACCCAGGUGCAGAUACAGAAUCAAAUUUCCUAUCAGUAGUAGUGUGAUCUCCUACAGUCGCGGCGAAACGACAUGCGAAAAAAAACAAUAUCGAAACCAAUACUGUGAUGUCGUUUCCAACAAAAAGAGCAAAUGCAGGAACCCGAAUCGUAUCUAUUUUUGUGUAACCACACAAAAUUCACCUUUUCGGUUGGACAACUUAUCAUUUAUGUCUCGAAUAUAUUUUCGUCGGUUUAAAAAAAUGAUGUUUUAAAUCAUUUUUUUAAGUUACCAUUAAGCUUAGAUGCCUACAGUAUCAUUUUAAAUCGAGGGGUCAGAGAGACCCCACCACUUAAAACUUUUCAACACUAUUUUCUUUUCUUCAUUACGCUAGGAUAACGAACGAAUAUAGCUACCCUCCGUAACGGUUACUUAACGCUCUUUAAAGUGAGAUCGAACGCGCUUAACGCUUGUAAAUUAUUAUAUUAGUAGCGAACACUCAUUAGACCUUCCCCCCGCCAAGGAAGCAACUGUGUAUAUAUUCACGUUAUUCAACAAUAAAAGGCAAAACAAAGUUCGGUGCGCCACAUUUAAGCCUUCAACGACGAGCCUUUCAAACUGUGCUCUUAAAGUUUAAAUCUAAAUAAGGUAAACAAAUCAAAUUAAGAACAAUUAUAUCUCAUCAUCGACGACAUCUGUUAUAUAAAAAAAAAUCGCGUUGUGUAUAUAUAUUUUGAAGUUAGUUUAAGAACAAAAGAUAGCCCCGAGAGUGGUAACCUUCCAUUAGAAAGACAGAAACAGAAAGAGAUGAGCCUCAAGUGUAACAUCAUAAACUAUUAACAUGUAAACGUGUGUGCCUCCCCAAAGUACUUACAUAGAACGAAUAAUGUUUCAUCCGUAGUAUAUUUGUACCGAAUCUUUUUGGAAUAGAGUUUGCGCCGCUAGAGGUGAAAACAUCUGUUAAUGAUGCGCGAUCCAUUAUAAACCACUCGAUGUAAGAAAGAAUAUAGAGAAAGAGAUAUAACGUAGCAAACACACACACAUUUAUUGUAAACUGCUCGAAGUGGAUUACAUAGAGAACAUGUAAAGUAUUACAUAUAACUUUCGUGAAAAUUGA